AUUCUUUAGGUUUCCGGUUUGAUGAUACAUUGUGAAAGGAAAUAUGGGUCGUAUUACGUAGUGUUUCGUGAAGCUCGUACGUUUUAUAAUAAUUUAUUUAUUGAAAAUAUUCGUAGUUUUAACGAAAUAAUCAAUAUUUCCUAUUAGAAGUGAUACGUGUGGUUAGAUUUUGUCAAGAAAUUGUUUCGAGAUAUUUUUUUUUAACGAGUAUGUCGGAAGGGGAGAUUUUAGCGUCUCAGAAGAAGCCGCAGCCAUUUCAACAACCUCAGCAAUUAGGAGCGGGUUCGAUGGCGAAUAUGGCGUGGCAAUAUCCGUCACCUAAUAAUAUGCAUACUAUGUUUCCAUCUUAUCCAGGACAAUUAUAUGGGACAGGAUAUCAAGGAGUACCGCAUCAAGGUCAAAUGUUUAAUUAUUAUCACACGAUGAUGCCUGCCUAUGGGCAUGCUUUUAAUCCACAGCAAAUGCAGCAACAGCAUCCGCAACAUCAGCAACAGCAACAGCCUCUUCAGCAGCAGAAUUCACAGGGAAAUAAUCAAAUAAAACCGCAACUUCAUCAACAGCCUCCAGUACCUGGGACCCCCAUGACUUUAGACGACGAUUCCGAUCUUCCUCCUCUACCUCCUGGACCACCACCACCUCUACAACCUACUCAGCAACAUAGCCAGGUACAACCAUCGAUGCAGCCUCAUUCGGGAUUUGUCUACGGUGCAUUUUCCUAUGGCAAUUGGAAUGGAGUGCAUAAUGACAUCUCUCAAUACAAUGGACAAGUUCGUUUCAAUCUACAGAACAAGAAAGUUGGAUUAGGAUUUUCGCAAUCAGGCAACAGUGGAGCUGCAAAGAAAAAACGUAAGAGGAACAAAAAUCUAGCGGCACAAUUCAACAAUAACUUUCAGGGAAACAAUACAACAACAACAAAUUUUGUAUCGGAACCUAAUCUCAAAGUGGAGUUACCACCCUUACCUCCUAUUCAACAUGAAAUAGCUGCUCCCCCUCCACCUAUCGAGGAAUCUCCUGAUCCUGUUACACCUGCCACUACAACGGUCAGUGCAUCUCUGAAUACUAGUGUUCCAGUGGGAAGUACUCCCUCUAUUGCGACGAAUGCUAAUCCAGUUGGGGAUUGGCCUGACAGCUUAAAGAAUUACGUGAACAGGUGUUACGAAAAGUGCAAAACGGCAGUUGACAAGGAUCAGGUUGAAAUUAUACUCAAAGGGAAAAUAACACGAGCUGCUAAUGAUGGCUCGCUUUGGGUAAAAGAUUGGGACAAAGAGCCUUUACCUAGUAUACACAGUGAACGUAUGACCAUGACGAUAAAGCCUCAGAAGCCGCCAUUAAAGUUGAAUAAUCCUUUGGCUAAUCCAUUGGCAAAUACACAGGGAGGCUUGCGCAAGUCAGGGCUUUCCACUUCUCUUGGAGCUAGGCUUGGCGCGCGUCUCUCUGUGACUCAUAGGCGAUCAAGAUCAAGGUCGCGAUCGAGGUCGAGAUCGAGAUCAAGAUCAAGAUCGAAAACGAGGUCGAGGUCAAGGUCGAGGUCGAGGUCGAGAUCAAGGUCGAGGUCACGUUCUCACUCACGUAGUCCCCCCUUACGGAAAUACAGGCGUAGCACAUCCUCUUCGUCUAACGUUAGCGAUCGGGAAUAUGACAGCAAAUCGUUGAAAACGAAAAAAUCAACGCGAAAUAAACAAAAUCACAACAACAAGAAAACCAAGAAGACUAAGCAGACAAAAUCACAUUUCUAUUCCGAGUUUGGUUUAGCUACAGGCAAUAGCGAUGAACUAGGAUCCAAGGAGAAACUUCAACAACGUGCGGCACGAUUUAACGAUCCCAUUUCUAGGACAUUCAACACUAGCAUUAGAGAUGAUCCGACCGCUGAGUUUGACUUCACCGGACUUCACAUCGUUGGAACUUGCAAGGACUUAGAAAAACCAUAUUUACGCCUUACAUCGGCUCCAGCCCCAUCUGCAAUUCGACCGGUAAGUGUUCUUCAAAAUUCGUUGGCCUAUGUCAAGAAUCGUUGGGUAGUGGAACAAGACUACAGAUAUGCUUGUGACCAAUUAAAAUCAAUUCGUCAAGAUCUUACCGUGCAAGGUAUCAGAGAUGCGUUUACUGUCCAUGUUUAUGAAACCCACGCUCGUGUAGCUUUAGAACGUGGAGAUCAUGAAGAAUUUAAUCAAUGUCAAACACAAUUAAGAAUGUUAUAUCAAGAUGUGGGAGGUGAAAAUCGAUGCGAAUUUGUGGCGUACCGUAUAUUGUAUUAUAUCUUUACAAAAAAUACUUUAGAUUUGACGACGAUUUUAGCAUCACUUAAUGGAGAAGACAAAAAAGAUGAGUGCAUUAAACAUGCAUUGAAAGUUCGCUCAGCCUGGUGGCUGGGUAAUUUUCAUGCUUUAUUCAAAUUAUACAGAAGCGCACCAAGAAUGGCUGCUUUUCUUAUGGAUUGGUUCGCUGCUAGAGAACGCAAGAUUGCUUUGAAACAAAUGAUAAAAUCCUACCGGCAAAAUUUGGCGGUUGAUUUCAUCGUAGCAGAAUUGGCCUUUGAAUCUUUGGACAAGUUCUAUGAAUUUGUCAGUGAAUUUACAUUGGUUUAUGCUGAUCCUGAACGGCGUCUAAUCGACUGUAAAACAAGCAAUGGUUGUCUAGGUGGUUGGUAAAAAAAUGUCUCUCUUGCCUACUUCGCUAUAAAUCGUAAAUGGCAAUAAUUAAAUCGAAAAGCACUUUCUAUGUGCAUACAUAUGUAUAUGCAUAUGUUUCCUGAUUUGACAUAAUAUGCAUGUGUAACUUCUUACUUGCACAUCCAUAUGCAUAUGCAUAUAUUCCAAAGUUGAUACGGGUUCAUUACAUUUUUCUUGCUUAAAGAGCUGAUAUAAACCAAUUCUAAAUAAUUUCCAAUCAUUGUCAUCGAUUGGGAAUGGUUUACAGCUCGAGCAAAGUUUUACUACUUGAAACAUUCUUCGAGGAAUUUGUGCAUUAUUGUUGUGUGCAUGAAAGAUUAAACUUCUGGAGUUAUGAAUUGUAAGAGAAUAGGGGAUACAAAAUUCGUCAUGAUUGUUUGGUUGUUUGGAUAUUAUAAAAAAAAAGAGAGAGAGAGAAGGAGAAAAGCCAGAAAGAUCGAAUAGUUUUAUAACUUCUACAAAAAAAUAUCAUAUAUAUAUAUGUAUAUAUAUAUAUCUCAAUCCAAGUCGGUAUGAAACCGAAAGUUGUGAAAAAUCAGUCAGAGGGCAUGAAAUUUAUUUUCUUCAUAAAAAUUUCUCUUCUUCCAUAUUUCCAAUCGUUCGGCUAAAAGAUAAGCCAUCAAAUCUUUCUUCUUAUUAUCUGGUGCCAGGUAUUCCAAUGAAUUCUUCGAAUUCUUGGUAAACGUGUAGUAAAUCAUUCUUUUUGCUGCACACUUUUUAUAAGGAUAAAACUACAAAUUAUAUGAAGAGGAACAAAUUUCUGAAGAUUUUAAUCUGAUGUGUCUGGGCGAACUAUUGUUUCUGUGCCUGAUCAAUAAAUGGAUAUCUUCAAUUUGACAAGUGUUUUCUCAUGGAAUAUUCUCUAUGGAAAGGUAGAAGAAAAUCAUGAAAUUUCGAAGACAUCAGCACUAUAAACAUACAAAAAUGAGUGGUGAUUGAGAUUUUCGAUGCAAGAA